CUUUCCCUCCCUUCCUCUCUUCUCCACCACCAACUCAACCCACUGCCUCUUCCCCCUCCGCUGCGGACCUGCUGGAGACACUGCAGUGAAUCCGUCAUCCGUCGACUGAAAGACCGAGAAGACAAAUCCGAGCGAUUCGGUUCACCGACAGCGCAAAGUGCGACCCGUUAAAUUCGUGAGAUUCUGCACAAGGCGAAGAAGAGCCGACCGACAGAAUGGGAAACGAGGCGAGUUAUCCCUUGGAAAUGUGCUCACACUUUGACGCUGAUGAGAUUAAAAGACUUGGAAAGCGGUUUAAGAAACUCGACCUGGAUAACUCGGGUUCUCUCAGUGUGGAGGAGUUUAUGUCUCUGCCCGAGUUACAGCAGAACCCGCUGGUGCAGCGAGUCAUCGAUAUAUUCGACACAGACGGCAAUGGAGAAGUGGACUUCAAAGAGUUCAUUGAGGGCGUCUCUCAGUUCAGCGUCAAGGGCGACAAGGAAAUGAAGCUCCGCUUUGCGUUUAGGAUUUAUGACAUGGAUAAGGAUGGCUACAUAUCCAAUGGUGAGCUGUUCCAGGUGCUGAAGAUGAUGGUAGGGAAUAACCUGAAAGACACUCAGCUGCAGCAGAUCGUCGACAAAACCAUCAUCAAUGCAGACAAGGACGGAGAUGGGAGGAUAUCAUUUGAGGAGUUCUGCGCUGUGGUUGGCGGCUUAGAUAUUCACAAAAAGAUGGUGGUGGACGUGUGAAGAGACAGACAGGCCCUUCAGUGAACACCCUCUUUUUCACUUCUUCAUUUCUGAGAAUCAGCUCCAGAUGUUCCGCUAACAUGCUGUCUCUUUCUCUCUCUCUCUUUUUCUCUCUCUGUCGCUCUCUUUCUCUUUCUCUCUCUCUCUCAAUGGAAGUAUUUCUCUGAAUGAUGCCUCUGUACCCGUCUGUACUCCCUGAGCCUUGUGACGCCAGCCAUCCUAAGUGUUAGAGAGCAUGAGAUUCUUCUGUCCAAAUUCUCGGGUAUUUAAGGACAGUCGGAGAGACUACCGAGCGAUUCAGUUUGGUGGAGGAGGAAAAGAGGAGGAUGUGUGUGUGUGUGUGUGUGUGUAUGUGCGUUGUUUUGUGUGUUUGUGUAUGCACAUGUUGGUUCCUUUUUCUUUUCCUUUUUGAAGGGGGCGGGGGGGGGGGAUUUUUUUGUAUUUAUUUUGGUCCUGUCUUUUUUUUUUUUUUUUUACUUUUAUGCAUUUGGUCUACAGGGAAUAUGUGUAUGUGAGCGAGAGAUAUGACUUGGGACUUGAUUUCACUGCAACACGCUUCAAGCAUGAAGUGCCAAUGAAAACAUAUGUGGGAUUUAACAAUAGCUGAAUAUUUAAAUCGCUAUCUAAUGUUCAUGUUAUAGGGAGAUUGAAAAGAUACAUUAACAUAAGGUUAUUAACAGGCUUAUUGCUUUUUUUCCUCCUGUUUUAGGCAACAACAACAAAAAAUGUUUUGGGGUUUGCUUUGAUCUAAUUGCUUCUGAGAAAAUGCAGAUUUGAUUCAAAUUUUCUACCAAGAAUGUGUGUGUAUGUAUGUAAAAGUGUGCUGUGUUUAUAUUGUCAGGGAGUUCAUCUACAGUCUUGCUUUCUGAUAUACAGUAGACUAGGAACAAAUCAAAUAUAUUUAAAGUUGUGCAUAUAUGUGGUUUACUUUUAAGACACAAAAAUGUGGAGUUCUGGCAAACUUUUCAUACUCUUCAUUUUUGCCAAGGGUUUGCUGCCGGUUCAUCACUACCGGUGAAGAGCUGCAAACUUCUGGCAAACAUUUGCGGCAAAUCGCAAGCUCAUUUGCAUGUGAAAAUAAUGAUUUGCUGCAAUUUUGCCUGAACUCUAGAUUUUUUGUUAGGGAGGUGUUUUAUUGCUUGGGGUGGGGGGGGUCAAAUCACACCUCAUUUAACUGUAGGAUGGAACAGUGCCAUCAGUUAAUUUCUGAACUUUUUUUUUAAUGUGUUUUCUGAAUUUAACGCAACAAAGUAAUAUUGAUUUACCUCUCAACAUUAUAGUUACAUAUGCAUAUUCUCAAACUUGACUGCAGGCAGCAUUGUAAAGAUCUUCGUAGCUCAUGUUUGUAUAUUAGGGUUCAAUGGACGGAUUGUGUGUUAUGUGGGUUCGGGUUUUUUCUAAGCUUUAAUUGAGUCCGUUCGCAGCAUGUCAUCGAAAAGCUAUCGUGAGUAGACAAAACCAGAUCUGAUUGACCUUCAGGAAUUUCCACACAUCAAGUUUCUCUCUUUCUCCAUUUCUGUUAAAAUGCAGAAAUGUGUGAUUCGAUUGUUUUAACAAAAGAGAGACCAAACUAAACGCUGUCAAUACGGAUUAAUGAACAGUGGAGCAGCAUCUUGCUGCUCCACUAUUUUUGCUUCAAAUGUGGUUUUCCCGUGCAAACCGGCGUCACGCGCCUGCCAUUGCACGGUGAUGGCUCUUUAAUGUCUUUCCCAAAGACCCAUGUCGUGUUUGUGAUGUGCUUGCAUGAUACGAUGUCUUUUUUUGCUUUCUGUUGUGCAUGUAGAUCUGAUUUUAUGGGGGAAAAGAUUCUCUUGUUUACAUAAAAAUCGUACUAUUGAGAUAUUAUAAUCUGAAUGACAGUUACAUAUAAAUAUAUGGACGUUGCCAAACUUUUGGUAAAUGUUUAAAUAUGGAAAUGAUUUUAAAGCGAAUUUCUUCACUACUUUUAUCCAUAAUAAUAAUUAUUAUUAUUGUUCUGAAAAGAAAUGUUAUUCUGGAUCGGUUUCACUCCCAGCGAAACUACAUUUUCCCCUUCCUUUUAAACAGGUACUGUUAAAAAGAGUGGGGGUUAUGUUUAUUAUUAUUUUUUCCGUUCAUGAUUGGGUUGAAGUGUUUUGUACAGAAUAUGUGUUAUAGUGCUCCUAGAUUUCGGUUUUGUAUUUCUUUAGAUGGGGGUCAGACAGCCAUCUUUAUAACUUUGGCAUGGCCUCGGCAAGAGAGUGAGAUUGGUUUUGGACAAAGGAAAAAUUUCAAGUGAUGAAAACUUUUCGCUUUUUGGUUUAACGUUUUGUUUCUUCAUUUCUCUGCAUGCUGCGUCAUAUGCUGUGGGAACCAUUGAAAUGUCUUUAAUGAAAAUGAGAAAUAAAAUAUUUGAGACUUGUAAAACUG